GUUGAAAGUAAAUUAAUAUAACAAUAAAAUGUAAACUUUAAAGAACAUAGAAAUGGGUCGAUCAAAAUUUCCUGGAAAACCUUCCAAACACAUACACAGGAAAAGGGUAAAUGUUCUUCCACCAACAGGAGAAAUAUCAAAUACAGAAUGCAGUAAUUCUGUGACAGUUGAUUCUCUUGUUGAAAAUAAACAGGAUGAAGAUUUGUCAGAAAGUGAUAGUGAAAGUGCACCUACAGAAAACACUGUAAACAAAAAUGUUUCAAUCAGAAGAAGACUGACUAGGAAGCUGCAAACUUCUUUAAGGGGUAAAAAUGUAAACAAUAGGGGUUUGUUGUCAAAAAUGUGUACCAAAGCCUCGGUGAAAACUAAAUUAAACAAAACUUCAAGAGCAAGUUUAUCCAGAAAAGGUGUACACGGUUAUAACACUCCUUGCCGAGGAAAAGUAACAAAAGAAGCCACAAAUUUAGUCGGUAAAUUUGUUCUUCCAACGAGAAGUGUACAUUCGUCUCGAGUAAUAAAGCCCAAUAAAAGAUUUAUCAGUGAUAUAGACAACACUGUGACCUUAAAGAAGAAGGUUAACAUCGUCAAAAGGCAUUGUGGCAAUUCCGAAGAUGACAAAUCCAAACUGUCAUCUAAAUUUAUUGAAUCUGGCAGCUUCAGUAGUGAUAAUGAUAAGACAACAUUUACAAAUGGUCACAGAGUGGUUCUUCGUCAAGCGAGGCUUAAAUUGCCUAAUCCUAUUGGGUUGCAAGGACCAUUUUCAACAAAAUCAACAUCAUCACCAGGUGCCGUAACAUGUGGCGUAUGCGGAGCCGUAAGGUUCUACAGAUUCCUGAAACAAGCGAGGAAAUUCAACAUUUACAGUUGCGAAUCGUGUAGAAAAUUCAUCGCAAAGAUGAUAAAAAGGCAGGCUUGCGGUAACAAAAGCAACCAAAUCACCCUGAAUUGCGUAAAGGGCCAGGGAACGUGCCACAUUUCUUCGAUAACGAGGAACCAACAGUGGAAGCUUACUAAAUGCCCAUACCGGGCCAGGUGCCCGGCUUGUUGGUUGAAACUGUGCCUUAGAGCGUUCCAUAUACCCCCGUCGCUCAAGCAAGGCCUUAACCUCAUGUUACCCAAGAACAUGCAAGGCCUGGACAUCGCGUUGAGCAACAACCAAUCGACGUCUUUGUGGCAAGCGAACGUAGAAACGAAAUUAGUCAUUGACCAGCCUCAAGAAACAACGACUCUUAAGCAACGACCUGUAAGGUUUAAGAAUCCCAAGGCCCAAUCUGCCUCGACCCCUUUGGCUGCUAAUUCCGACAUAAAGAGGCAGAAGAUUGAUUUCAAAGGGCCCAGGGUGAAACACGUGUGCCGCAGUGCUUCUAUAGUAUUAGGUCAGCCGAUAGCUACGUUUCCUGAAGGGGAAAAAGAGAAAAGAUGUGAUAACCAGGAACAAGUAAUUGAUAUUAAACCGGCCGAGGACAAGCCGGCCGGUGAUAAAAACUUUAGUGAAGUUAAAUUAACCGUUCCUAAAUGUGACUCAAUUCCUAGUGAAGCGGAAUCAAGUUGUAGUGAUAGGACAUCUAAAACAUCGAGUAGUGAUACGUUGGAUUUAGCAAGCAGAAGGGAGAAGCUUUAUAGACAUUCGUCUUCUAGUACGCUGAGUUUUAAUAUAGAGCCGAAAAUUCCAGAGAGGAAAAAGAAUCUCAUAGACCCACAGCACGGUAUCCUGGUGGACUACUGGGACGGCUACGAUUCCGAAGUAGUCUGCCAAAACGGCUUUUGCAUAAUCGGAUCUGAGCAAUUCACCAUGUCAUCGAUAUGUUUCCUAUGCGGUAGCGGCGGAAAGGAGACGAUGCUCUACUGCUCCGCUUGCUGCGAGCCCUAUCACCCGUUUUGCUUGGAGCAGGCCCAGGCGCUCCCUAUCGACAAAGGCGACCAGUAUUACACGUGGAUAUGCCCGAGGUGCACCGCUUGCAGCGAAUGCAACAAGGUCGAUAGGAAGAAGAUCAGCUGCCAGAAGUGCUUGAAAGCCUACCAUCCCGAAUGUUUCAACAGCAAGUGGAACAGCGAGGAUAAACCCGUCGUUUGUUCGAAGUGUUUAAAAUGUAAGAGCUGCGGCAGUUCGAAUAUAACGAAAUUCGUCGGGAACUUACCGUUGUGUAUAUCAUGCUUUAAAUUGAGGAAAAAGGGAAACUUUUGUUCGGUUUGUCAACAUUGUUACGACGAUAAUGAAUGUUGUUCAAAAAUGAUGGAAUGCUCAAAGUGCUGUAAAUGGGUCCACGCGAAAUGCGAACAUCUUACUGAAGAGCAGUAUCAAAUAUUAAGUGUACUUCCCGAAUCUGUAGAGUAUAUUUGUCCUUCGUGUUGCAAGAACCCCUCGCCAUAUUGGCGAAAGGCCAUCAAUAACGAAAUGAAAUCGAGUUUUAAUCAAAUAUUACGGCUUCUCAGUAAAAAUAAGACGGCGAGGAACUUGUGGUGGAGCCCUCUGAAUAAUUCUCUUCCAUCCAGUAAAGCCAUUAGUAACGCGAGAAAGUUGCAAUUUACUGAAGACACUGAUAUAGACAACAAUAAUUGUAGUACGGAUUUGAUAGAUAUUAACAAAAUUUACUCGUUUGAAGAGAAUGAAAAGUACGAAGCGAGCUUAAGCAAAGCCUCGAACACAUUGUCACUCGUCGACGUUAAAAACAAGCUAAUUUCUAACGAAUACAGUUCCAUCAGGGAGUUCAAUAAAGAAAUCGAAGAAUCCCUGAGACUAGCGAAAUCGGAGCAGCUUUUAAAAAUAUACCAGUCAAUCUUCCACGACGUGUUUCCUUGGUACCAACAAACAUCCAGCGACGAAUUUUCCGAAGUAUUAGAAAUCGAUCCGAACGACGAAUCCCAAGAUCCCUUGGAAGAGAAGCCCUAUUUCAACGUGUCGUCAUUAGUCGUGGAUUCGAGGCUUUGCAGUUUCUGCAAGGGCGUGGGAGACGGCUUGUGCUACAUGGAAUCGAGGCUGCUCUAUUGCGGCUUCAACGAAUGGGUGCACGCCAACUGCGCCCUCUGGUCCUCCGAGGUGUACGAAGAAAUCGACGGAUCGCUCAGAAACGUCCAGAACGCCUUGAACAGAGGACGGAUGAUCCGGUGCGCUCAGUGCAAACAGAAGGGGGCCAGCGUAGGUUGCUGCUACAAGGGCUGUCACGAAACGUUUCACUUUCCCUGCGCCAGAACGACCAAUCUGAAGUUCAUGCACGACAAGACCGUGUACUGCUCGAACCACGAACUACCCAAGAAGAGCCAUCUCAUCACCAACAACAAGGAUUUCGAAAUCGACAGAUCCGUGUUCGUGGAGAUCGACCAGAAGAGGAAGAGGUACGCGGAAAUAAACAAAGCGACUUACAUGAUCGGCUCGCUUUGCGUGAAAAAUUUGGGGAAAAUCGACCCGGUCGUAUCGGACACGGCUGAAGUUCUGAUUCCCGUCGGUUUAGUUUGUACUCGAAUGUUCUGGUCGACUGCGGAGCCUUGGAAAUUAGUUCCCUACACCAUAACAACUUCAGUGAAAAAUUUCAACAACAACACCCUCGUCAUCGAUAAGAACUUCACUGUGGAUCAUUCGCUGAACAAACAAACGGUCGAUAGGAUUCUUCGAGACAUUGCCCAGUGGCAGAGAGACGUAGACAAAAAAGGUUCCGAUACCGACUCCGAAGACGACGAAGAGCAACAAAAUGGCGCCGACAUUCUAUCGCCGGAACUCACCGAUGCAAUCUUAGAGGAAUUGCCUCACGAUCUCCUCGACGGGAUUUCAGUACAAGACAUAUUUCCGAAAUUUAAUUACGACGAUCUAGUCGAGUACAAAACGGAUUUGAACAGCGCCGACGAUUAUAAAAAGGCGGACGUGGAAGAAGACGACGUCAACGCGGACUUGAGAAAAAACAAAUCGCGACCGAAUCCAAAAACUUGCAGCCUAACGUUGAGCUGCAAACUGGACAGUUCUCUCUCGCCGGCCAUUAAGAGGCGCAAAAUGGCUACCUCCAGAGAAAACAACGUUAUUUACCAGUUACUACAAGUGGACGGUAACUUGGACGACAGCAGCUCGAGCGAAUGCGGAUCACCCACCGAAUUAUCUUCAACGAAUCCUUGGGGCACGUACAUAUCCGAGGAACCAGUGACUUGUGAUAAAUGCCAAUCUACUUACAGAACUCAAGCCAGCUACAAGCGGCAUUUAGAUUCGUGCGAGAUACUUUGUACCAGUGAAAGCGAUUCGGAAAUGAACGCCGAACAGGAAAUGGUGGCUACUUAUAUAAACCCCAACGCGACAAUCGUUGAUAAUCAGGUCGUCGUGGACGUCGCGGAACCUGUUGUAAUCUCGUCGUUUGAAUCCUACCAGAGCGAAAUUCACACGUCAGUAUUGAACAGUUUCGUCGCCUCUAAAUCCACUUCGGAGGUGGUAACUGUACCGCAACAUUCUGACAUGAUGAUUCCGAAUAUAAACCACACUUUGGAGCAGAAAUCUUUGCUACAGGCGCUGCCCGUGAACUCGGUGACGCCGAUUACUAUUGAGAAUUCCCACCAGGAGCAAACUUACUCUAUAAACCAACCGAUUAUGAGCGAACCAUCGCUUUCUUUGCAUGCGACUCCGCCUCAAUUUUGUGUUAAUCAAAGCGUGCCUUUAUGCGUCAACCAACCGAUUACAUUGCAACAGAACAACAUUCAAGUGAAUCCUACCUCUACGUAUUCCGGUAACCAAGUUUUGUCUAUAAAUCCAAGCGGGUCUAUUUCUCUAAAUCCCGUCCAAACAACCAAUUCUAUCACGCUGAAUCAAAUUAAUCACCAAACUCCCAUUCAGCAACCGAUCGAUUUUCACCAAGCACAAUCGGUGACGAUCCAAUCGGUUCCAUUAAACAACACUAUAUUGAACGUGGGCUCGCAAAACCAAUUCACCCUGAACGGGAAACUAUUAACAACCAAUCCAGUAUUGCAGACCGUUAACGUGCCCGGAACUCAAUGGGUGAAGCAAGUUGCCAAGCCGUCUAUAGUGGCUCAAAGGACGUUCAAGACCAAGUCUCGAAGUAGGACGCUAGCAGCUAAGAGAUCUCACUUCGAAGAAGAAACUAUUAUUCUUCCUUCGCAAGGUUCAUCCGGGCAAAUGCUGGUGCAACACUUGCCGUCCACGAACUACGUUCCAGCAUUUGUCGAUACGUUCCAGCAGCCCGGACAGAAUGUACAAUACGUUGCGACUAUUACUCCUCAGAUGAGCACCGUACCCGCUCAGUCUAUAGUACAAAUUCAGCCCGACAACAACAUCAUCAGUAUAGUCCCUGGAUUACCACAGACGAUGUAUAUUCAACAACCGAGGGUCGAGAAUCAACUGGUAGUGGAUAGCAACGGAACAUUAGGCUGGUCUCAACAACAAACCGUUCAACCAGUUUACUACGGCUUCGAAACGAUUGUGCAGAAUACAGUGAUGCAGUCUCAACAGUUCUUACCCACAACGAUGCCUGGCGUUCUUACAGCAAACAGCAGCUACUCCACGACUACUCAAGUGUUCCAAACGAGUAAAUUGGAACCUGUACUGGACGUGUCUUCGAACAGCUUUGUGUUAGUUAACCCAGGGCAGAUAGUUAACUCGCAGCCUUUGGUGAAUUCGCAACAAAUCGUCAACCAACAGCCUUUGGUCAAUUCGCAGUCCAUGGUAAAUUCGCAGCACAUCGUCAGUUCCCAACCCGUCGUUAACUCGCAACCGCUAGUAACAUCUCAGCCAGUGCUAAAUUCUCCAUCGAUCAUAAACGCACAGCCAGUCAGCUCGCAUUUAAUCAACACGCAAUCACCGAAGCCUGUGAACCACCAGGAGAUACUUAUUACCAAUCAACAUCAACAACCUUCCACCACACAAGCCCAGAUGAUCAUAACACCCGCCGAACAAAUCCAACAAACCAUUCCAGUGAAAAUAAACACUGUAAAUAACGUGUUGCCUCAAAAACUGGACGUCAAAUCAUCGCAAACCCAACUGCAAGUGAAACCAUCACAACUCCAGCAACUGAGCUACUCGCAAGCAUCACACAAGCCCGUCGUUAAUUCUUUGAACGCGCACAGCAUUUCUCUUCCGACUGCGCCUUUCGUGUCCGAGCAAAGGAUCCCGACGAACAUCGUGACUCCUAUUCCCAAACCUCCCACGUCCGUGUCCAGCCGGCCGAUGAGCAGAGUCCUGCCGAUGCCUACCAACAACGUUAAAGAAUACAAGAAAAGCAUCUUCGACGACGAAAAGCUCUUCUUUCCCGAAGAGAAAAAGAAACCCAUCCAAGCGCAGAAGAUAUACGAGAUUAAAAUGAACAAUCUCAAACCGAUCGCGAAGUCGCUAAAUAAAAUUGACCUGAACAAGAAAAUUAAAAUCGUCGAAUCUAAAAUCAUCAGGCCGGAAUACACGCAUUUACUGGCGAAGAAAAAGCAAGAGGAUUUGAAAGAUGAUAAAGUUGAAACGCCCGAAACUUUUAUAGACAAGAUCGAAAAAAUCAAACCGGUACAAACGGAACAAACGGAGGAGCCAUUCGAAGAAAAAGCAGUAGAAAUUUCCAUACCGGAAGAUCCCAAAAUCGACACAUCUCUCAAACUAGUAUUCCAGAAACAAGCUCAAGACGGCACAUACAAAAUCAGCACGAAUUUCGUUUCGAAACAACCCAUACAAGUAGCGCCGUUGAAACCGAUAAAAUCGACCUGCUACAUCCAGAACCAGCCGUACUCGCCAGAAAAACCAAUCAAAGAGGACAAGGACAAGCUCGACGACCUCCCGAAGGCUCCCAGGAAAGACGCCGAGAGCCCCAGCUCGAUCCUCUACACCAUGGAAAACCAAGACGGCUACAAGUACUCCUCCUCGUCCAUCUCGGACCUCUGGUCGAAGCUGCUGGACGCCGUGCAAACGGCCCGCGCGGCCCACAACAUGCCGCCGCUGCCCGUCCACGGCGGCGGCGUCUUCAACUCCGUCCAGGUGCUCGGCCUCAAAUCGACCGGCUCCAAGUACCUCGUCGAGCAGCUGCCCGGCGCCGCCAAGUGCGCCAAGUACAAGUCGAUCUUCGGCUUCCCGCCGCACCCGAGCGACACCGACAACGACCUGGCGCAGGACCACGCGCACGGCGCCGUCCGCUGCGCCCCCUUCGAGAGCAAGACCCACGAGCCGUUCGACAUGUUCGGCUGGCUGUCGUCGAAGCACCGCCAGCCGGAGGAGAUAUCGCUCGACGCGCUGGAGUUGCUGCCGAGGAGAGUGGUGAACUUGCCGAUGGCUAUGAAGUUUCGACAGUUGAAGCUGACUUCGAAGUAUUCCGUGGGAGUCUACAGGUCGCUGAUCCACGGUAGAGGGUUGUUUUGUCUGCGCGACAUCGAAGCCGGCGAGAUGGUUAUAGAAUACGCGGGAGAGGUGAUACGAUCUAUACUGACGGAUAAACGCGAGAAAUACUACAAUUCCAAAGGGAUCGGAUGCUACAUGUUCCGCGUAGAUGAUAAUUUCGUCGUUGAUGCUACAAUGAGAGGAAAUGCAGCUAGAUUUAUCAACCAUUCGUGCGAUCCGAAUUGCUAUUCGAGGGUGGUGGAGAUUUUGGGUCACAAGCACAUUAUAAUUUUCGCGCUGAGGAGAAUAUUGAGCGGCGAAGAGUUGACUUACGAUUACAAGUUCCCGUUCGAAGAGGACAAGAUUCCCUGCACGUGCGGCUCUCGAAAAUGCAGAAAAUUUUUGAACUGAUUCCCAGUAUAUGUUUACAGAUGUAUGUAUAUUUUUCAUUGUAUUUAUAUUGUAAAUAAUCUCGAGAUGAUCAAUUGACUUCAGAUUUUAUGAAUCGAUUUAUUUAUCUUCGUUGUUUCGAUGAACGAAUGGAGUAUGGUAAUGAUGGAUUUGAAGCAAGUCAUUUGAAUUUUUUAUUUUUCUUAUGUAGCACCUAUUAAGGCCAUUUUAAAGAUUAAUACAUUCGUAAAUUAUAUAAGUUCUUUUAGAGUCAGUAUUUGAAAAAUGAAAUUUGUAAGCAUUUUGGCUGUGAGGAUAUAUAAUAUGCAUUUCGUGCCAUUGGCUCCAUAGGUGCUAAAUAUAUAUAUUUAAAUUUUGAUAAAAUAUCAUAUGUGAUAUGUUGUGGAUAAAUUUGCAGAAAAAGUUUAUACAUUUUCAAAAAAAAAUAACUGCUUUAAUGAUUUUUUAUCACAAGUAAAAGUCUCGGAUAAGACUUGUGUUGGGAUUGUUGUAUAUUGUAAAUAAAAUCUUUAUUUUUAAAGGAUACACCAUAAUAUUUCUAGCAUUUAAACGUAGUAUUAAUUAUGUAAUUAAUAAAAGUUGUUUCGUUAAAGAUCGACUUCAAGUAUUAAUACCGUUAUUGAUAUUACUAACACUUAUAAUUCUU